GUGCGCGCGCGGUCGCGGUGGUUGCCAUGACGCUAAAUGGAAACCGCGUCAGGUGAACAAACGAAAUGGACGGAAACUGAUCAAAGUGAGCCGAAAAAUGACCCAUUUUUGUCCGAAAACCUCACGUUCGAGUACGUGAGGUGGAUUUAGUUCGUGUAUUUGUACAAUGUGACAUAAGUUUUAUUCAGUUGUCGUCGUGUUAAUGACAGAGGUGGUAUGAAGGCUCACAGCAGUGAGGUCCAAGUGUUUGUCCGGAUCAGACCAACGCCAAACUUCGCCCAAGACCUUAUUGAAUGUCUUCCAGACGGACAGACAGUGAACAUCUAUCACAGGAAAAACUCUAGGAAGCCCCAUGACUUUCGGAAAAGUCAGCCGGUCCCCUGGUCAGUCCGUCUGGAAGGCGUCCUGCAGGAUGUAUCCCAGGAGGAGCUUUACACCCGCGUGGGCCAACCUGUGGUACUGGGAGCACUGGAUGGCUAUAAUGGUACUGUGAUGUGUUUUGGGCAGACAGGUGCAGGAAAGACCUACACCAUGACAGGAUCCACAAAAUCAUACAGACAGAGAGGCAUCAUUCCUCGGGCCCUUCAAGAGGUGUUUCAGGAGAUCAAGAAAAGGACCGAUUAUGCCUUCACUGUGCACCUGUCCUACUUGGAGAUCUACAAUGAGACCCUGGUGGACCUGCUGUCAUCUCUGCAAGGCUCAUCACACCCAUCUCCUUACAGUAUGGUGGUGAUGGAGGAGCCAGGCAGAGGGGUGUUUAUCAGAGGCCUCUCUCUUCACCUUGUCCACAGUGAGGAGGAGGCCCUCAGCCUGCUGUUUGAGGGUGAGAUGAAUCGUUUUAUUGGAGCUCAUGCCUUGAACAGGAAGUCCUCCAGGUCUCACUGUAUCUUCACUGUGCAGCUAGAGUCUCGCUCACGGACAUCAUCUGAUGCCAAGUAUAUCACCUCUAAGCUGAAUCUGGUGGAUUUGGCUGGAUCAGAGAGGCUGGGAAAGACUGGGUCAGAGGGUCAAAUGUUAAAGGAGGUCAGCUACAUCAACAGGUCCUUGUCAUUCCUGGAGCAGGCUAUCCUGGCCCUGACAGAUCGUCACAGAGGCCACGUUCCCUUCAGACAGAGUAAACUCACUCAUGUCCUCAAAGAUUCCCUGGGGGGGAACUGCAACACUGUGCUUGUGGCCAACAUUUAUGGUGAUGCUGCACAAAUCGAAGAAACCCUCUCUACUUUGCGUUUUGCUGGCAGAAUGAAAUGUGUCCAAAUUGACCCUGCUAUUAAUGAACACAUGGAUCCAGCUGCUCAGAUCAAAAAACUUGAGAAGGAUGUACAGAUGCUGAGAGAGGAGCUGGACAUCUGCAAUACAUUGGUGAACCGGACAGGCAUCACAUAUGGGCCAUUGUCUGAGGCGGAGCUGGCUGAGAUCCACAGCCAGGUGCAGGGGUACCUGGAGGGAAGUCUGGAGGAAAUCAAAAUUGUAAGCAUCAGGCAGGUCCGAGCGGUGUUCACCCAGUUCAAGCUUGCCGUGCAGGAACGGGAGCAGAAGGCGAAGGCUCAGCUAUGCCAGACCUGCAGCUCAGUGGACAAAGGCCAAAGUGCUAACACCAAGGAGUGGGAUACCAGGAACAACUCUGAUGAAAUGGAGACUGGUAGCUUUCCGGUGCCUACUCGGUCACUGAAAAAGGCCCUUCGUCCAGGUUCGACCGGGGCCAGAGUCAAGAGGUCAAGGGAAAAACAGAGCCAAAAUAAGAGGCAGGGAAAGGGGAGUCCAGUUUCGACGAAGCGUUUGGAGAGCGCCUCCAAAUCAAAGCUGUAUUCUGCCCAAACGCCCGAGAGGGAGCAAGAGUCACAAGAACCGGACCUCGAGAGCCAGGACACACAGGAAUCACAGCCACCUGACAAUGAACCCUUAAGCCCCGAUUCUCCACCAACGAAAGAAGAGGCCUUUGAGGAUUUUAAGGUGGGACGAGGCAGUACGAUCAACUGCAUCUUUAAAGAGAACAAGGCCGUGCUGCUGGAACGUCACAGUCUUCUUCGACAGCUCACCGAGGAACUCAACGCAGUCAAGAGAGAGAUCGACGCUACCACAGCCACGAUACAGCAGCACAAGGAACUGCGAGGAGGCCAAAAUUUGGAGGAAGAGGCGCUGCAGCAGGAACCAGCUGCCUCCUUGUUGAUGCAGCUCAGAGAGCUGAAGGCCGUGUACCGGCAGAGAUACAAGGCGCGCGGCGACAUCAACGCUGAGGUCAACUACUGUCAGCACCUUGUGGAUCAGUGCCGGGUGCGCCUGCUCUCUGAAUUUGAGGACUGGUACAAGAAGUCUUUCCUGGCACCUGAGGAGGAGCUGGAUUUAACUACAGACGAGACCCUCAGAGAAGAGGAGAAUGCAGAGGAGCAGCGUCUUCCUGACAACCCGAACAGCCCCAGCUCUGGGUCCUUCUACAAUGCUCGCCACAGAAACCUGAAAAGGAGGACUAGCAGGGGGCCGGUCUUUAAUCCAGUGCAAAGGAACUCAUCCCAACACAGACGACCUCCUUCAAUUCUACCUGUCACCUAAGUGAGUUUUAUAUAAAAACUGAAGUUUGUGAGCUA